AUGUCUACGGGUGGCAGCACAACCACCAGUAACGCUGAAGACACGGACAAUAUUCAGAGUCGAAAUGAUCACCUUCGUUCUCUUAGGUUCAUUAAUCCUCUCUCCUUGGCGUUUACACCCAUUCCGAAGGGUACAGCAAUCUGCCGUAUCCAUGCCCUUCGAUGCGGACACUUGGACGUGCCUGCCAGGGACCUGAUUCAAGAUGUACUGGAUGACGUUACGUUGCCCUUGCCCGCAUACGCCUUCUUGAUCGAAAAGCUCUCCCCCGAGGAUGGGAGUGUGCUCAAGCGAGUCCUAUUCGAUCUCGGUCUUCGCAAGAGUUAUGGUAAUCACCGUUAUCAAUUUCUAACCGAAAAGUAUCAAAUUCAUUUGAGUGAAGAAGAAGAGAUCGCCUCGAUACUCAGGAACUCUCUAAAUAUCUCACCUUCCUCUAUCGAUGCUGUGAUCCUCGGUCAUCGUCAUUUUGAUCAUAUCGGGGAUCUGGGCGCUUUUCCAGUGUCCGUCGAUCUUGUGCUUGGACCCGAUUCCGAGAAGGACUUGGUCAAGCUUGCGGACUAUUUGGAUCUCCCUCUUCAAGUUCUUCAGUCUCGCAAUAUUCGUCAUCUGGAGCGAAAUAAAGAUGAAUGGAAAGAGAUCGGAGCAUUCAAAGGGCAUGACUAUUUUGGGGAUGGGAGUUUGUUUAUUUUGGACGCCCCUGGGCAUUGCGCGGGACAUCAGAAUGUUCUCGUUCGUACUUCCGGCAAUCCACCGAUCUAUCAUCUCUUAGCCUCCGACACGACCCACCAUAUCAUCCUCGCUCGCGAACCGAAACAGCCUUCUCUUCGCCGCCCUCUCAUUUCUAUCUUCCCCGAAGAUCCAAACAAACCUUCGAAUCUACUCAGUUUCCAUGAUGAUCUGGAAGAAGCUUAUCGAACGAUAGCAAAAGCUGAGCGGAUGGACUUGGAGGAGAAUGUUAAUGUUUUCUUGGCUCACGAUAUCAGCUUGGAUCGAUUACUUCGUGGAGGCAUAGGUUCAGCGCAGGGGGGCGUGCAAGCGAAGAAUUGGUUCACCCUCGAUGGAAACGCCGCGGAGCUGAAAAGGUUCAAGGAUAGAGAAUGGGAGGACCUGUAUCUCGCCAGCGCGUACCAAUCGUGA